AUGCUAUGCCUACGAAAUAUAGUGAAGUAUAGGACUAGACUCUCGAGCCGGAAUUUACCCUCUUGUCUUGGAGGCACUGCGAUCUAUAAUGGUGUAGGAAUCCGCAGUUACGCAUCACCAACAGCUGGGAAGAAAACAGAAGACGCCCCAAGCUUUAAGAAGAUAUUUCUGGUUGCGAUCCUUGGAACUUUGGUGUUUAUGCAAACAGCUAACUCCUUGGACAAGAAUAAGCCCAAAACUUCGUAUUCUGAGGAGGAGUUUGAAAAUGUUAUGAGUGGUUUGAAGAGAAGAGUGAGCCUGUUUCCUGCCGGGGCACUAGAAGUGAAAUUGAUACCCAGAACGAGUGAGGAAAUUUUGAAGAAGGUGCGGGAGGGUUCCGAAAUCGUUAUUGAGCCCAAGGAAGUAGUUGAGUAUUUCAGAGGCCAGAAAGACGGGACGUACGAGGCACUGCUCGAGGAAGUGAAAUCCAAACAUGGAGCUGAUUAUUUCGAAAAAUUGCCCAACGGGAUGCUUGUGAUGUUGAUUGGGAAAUACAUGAAGGAGAAGUGCCGGACGAAUGACCGAGUGAUUAUCGCAGAUUUUCCUCACAGCAUUGCAGACGCCAUCAAGUUUGAAAACGAUGUAUGCACUGUGUCCAAAGUGGUCACAGAUAAGGCUAACGCAAACUCAGAAGUGUGUCAGUAUUACGAAACAGUCCGCAAAGUCCAGCAGGUCUGA